UCUUUAGAGACGGUAAGAGUUUCUAAGUGUGAGUUUUGGUCAAUAAAGCGAUAUCUUAAGUCUUUUCCAGACUAUCGUAUUUGUAAUUAUGGUCCAGCUUCACGUUAAACGCGGAGAUGAGAGCCAGUUUCUGUUCAACACCGCCGUGGAUAUUUCCAUAGAGACGCUCACUCAGCAGGUCACUCAGGUCUAUAAUGGGAGGCUGAAGGUGGACAGGAUUUGCUCUGAGAUUCAUGAACUUGCAGAUCAUGGCAUCACGCUUCCCCCCAAUAUGCAAGGCCUGACAGAUGACCAGAUCACAGAUCUGAAGUUAAAGGAUGAAUGGGAAGAAAAGUGCAUCCCCAGCGGUGGGGCAGAGUUCAAGAAGGAUGAAAUAGGAUGUAGGAACGGACACGCACCCAAUGAAAAAAUGACGAAUGUUUUGAAGAAGACUGUGGAAGAAGCCAAAGCGUUGAUCUCAAAAAAACAAGUGCAGGCGAAUGUGUGUGUUACCAUGGACAUGGUAAAGGAGGCUCUUGAUCAGUUGCGAGGAGCAGUGAUGAUCGUUUACCCAAUGGGUCUGCCGCCUCACGAUCCCAUCAGAAUGGAGUUCGAAAAUCAGGAAGAUCUUGCAGGAACACAGGCUUCUCUACAGGUGAUCCCAGAGGUAGAAGCUCAGCUGUGGUGGGCAGGGAAAGAGUUGCAUCGGGACAAAAAACUACAAGAUUACAUUGGGAAAAAUGAGAAAACAAAGAUUGUUGCGAAGAUCCAGAAGAAAGGCCAGGGGGCGCCAGCACGGGAACCUCUGGCCAGUGAGGAGGAGCACAAGCAGAUGAUGCUGCACUAUUACAAAAGGCAGGAGGAACUCAAGAAGCUGGAUGAAGCAGAUGAUGACUCCUAUCUACAGUCAGAAUGGUCAGACAAGCAGGCUUUAAAGAGACAAUUUCAAGGACUAACAAAUAUCAAAUGGGGCCCAAGAUAAAUGAAUCUUACUGACUUUAUCUCGGAGACAGUUUUGCAAAUAUCGAUGCCUUAUAAUAUAAAAUCUUCCAUAUCUUUUCAAAAAUAAAAUAAACGCAGCUUGUGAUGACUGACUGACGGUGAAUGUAAAUGGCCAUGUAUUGAUACUAAUUGAACAUCUCUGAGCUCCCCCACCAAGAACAUGGAGAAAGAAGGAUGCAACACCUUUCCUGUCUUUGUCUGUGAUCGUUCCACUGGCUUCACUGAAAUCCAGUGCUGUUUACAGGCAGGAAAUUGCAUCACAGGCCUCAGGGAUACAGAGGUCAUCCAAGGAGUGGAAGGAAAGAAAAACAGCUUCAGUCCCUUCAGUUUAAAGGAAAAGCUGUGGGAUGGUAGUGCACAGUGGUACUCUCUACAAAACAUCUCUGUAUCGUAACUCGGUUUUAAAGCUGAUAACUUAAGUGCAAGACUUUUUAUUAAAGUGUGAAAUAAAGGGUCAUUGGUAUUAAA